GUUUGAGCUCGAGCCGGUGCGAGAGAGACAGUUACGCACGAUUUUAGUCCGUCAAAUGCUUAUUUAACGAUGAGAUAACACAGAUCUCACUCUUGUGGGCUUCAGCAGCAAGGAACAGAGUUUUCCACUCGAAAAUAUCUUCCUGGAAUUUUUGGACUGUGGAAGUAUCUUCAAUUGCAUUUCAUUCCUUCUCACCCAAAGAACAGUGACACUCUGAAACCAUCUCUAAUAGGACCAAAAGGGAUCUUCAGAGCUGCUACGCUCUGCUUGCAAUUAUGGAGUAAAAUAAAAAGUAUAGAAAUAGACUAAAUAAAGGAGAUGCACAGAAGAGGAGAGUUGAAGUGUUCUGCACUGGAAUGUCCUCCCACACACACUCACAUGGUUUCUAUGGGGAUUUCUGCAUAGCGGCCUUCUGCUGGAUGGGAGGAGGUUUAUUUCUGUGGCAUCUGAUUGCUCUGCUGUGAUUGGCCAGUACUAUUCAGCUGCUGCACUGCCAUUGAUCAGAAUGCCAGCAAAGGGGAAGUACCUGCUGAAUGAGCUGAAGUUGAAACAGGAAGCACUGUACAGGAAAUUUUCUGGCAUUAGCCAAUACCAGCCCUUUGUUCUGUUGCUGGGACUGAGCAUGCUCACAUGUGCAACACUGCUAGUGCUCUUCUUUAGCCUGGGAAUGAAAGCAAGGGAGCAUGCUGCAUUUGUGGGUGUUGUGGGAGGAGCGUUCUGCUUGUUCCUGGCUGUGUUUAUAUUAGUGUGUACAGAGACCCUCUCCCAGAGAUGGAGAACUUUGCUCGGUCUGGGUGUGUGGGCCACACAUCUCACAAUGGGCUUCACCUUUAUUUUCAGCACAAACCAAAUACAACCAUGGGACCAGGUGCCCAUCUUCCUCUUCAUCAUCAUUACAGUCUACACCAUGCUGCCAUUCCAAAUGAGCUAUGCUGUAAUAUUGAGUAUCAUCUCCUCUCUGUCUCACAUCAUUGUUCUGUCAGUGCACCUCAAUGUGGUCAAGAGUGACACUGGACACCCCAUCACUAAUCAGUUGUUGUCAAAUGCAGUAGUAUUUGUUUGUGGAAGCGUGGUUGGGGCAUUUCAUAAGGUUCUGAUGGAAAAAGCUCUCAGGCAGACGUUUCAGGAUACUCUCCGCUGCCUUGGCAUUCGCAUGAAACUGGAGAUCGAGAAGAGACAGCAGGAAAACCUAUUGCAGUCAGUGCUCCCUGUGUACAUCUCCAUGAAGAUGAAGUUGGCCAUAAUGGAACGCUGUAAGUGUAAAGAUAAAGAGGAACAGCAGCGUAUUGUCCGAGACAACAAUUUCCACAGCCUUUACGUGAAGAGACAUGAAAACGUCAGUAUCCUGUAUGCUGACAUUGUGGGUUUUACACGUUUGGCCAGUGACUGUUCUCCUAAGGAGCUUGUGAUCAUGCUGAAUGAACUUUUUGGGAAAUUUGACCAGAUUGCAAAAGAGAAUGAAUGUAUGCGAAUAAAGAUUCUUGGUGACUGUUAUUACUGUGUGUCCGGCCUCCCCGUUUCUCUACCAAAACAUGCCAAAAACUGUGUUAAAAUGGGCCUGGACAUGUGCGAAGCUAUCAAGCAGGUGCGUGAGGCAACAGGUGUGGAUAUAAACAUGCGAGUUGGUGUGCACUCCGGAAAUGUCCUUUGUGGUGUUAUUGGCUUACAGAAGUGGCAGUUUGAUGUGUGGUCACAUGAUGUCACUUUAGCAAAUCAUAUGGAGUCUGGGGGGUUACCAGGCCGAGUUCACAUCACGGAGGCGACUCUGAAGCACUUGAACAAAGCGUACGAGGUGGAGGAGGGAAAUGGAAACCUGAGAGACCCCUACCUAAAAGAGCUCAACAUCAAGACUUACCUGGUUAUAGACCCACGGUCAAAAGACCAAUCGCUGAUGGCUCCUAGUGUUACUAAGCCUCGAGUGAGUGACGGUUUGAAGAUGCGAGCAUCUGUGCGGAUGACGCGCUUCCUGGAGUCGUGGGGGGCUGUCAAACCUUUCGCCCACCUGCAGAGCCGAGAGGAAUUCAGCACAGAUGCCAUGGUCAAUAGCAAGGGUCGUAGCAAGGACUUCCCUCUUAGAUCAGUAUCGACAAAAAUUGCAGAGAGCUUUGAUGAGUCUCUUGAGGAGCCCUUCUCUUUACCUGUCCCCCCCUUGAGCACAUAUAAGUAUAAAUCUCAGAAGACGAAGUUUGAUGAAGAACUGCAUGACAAGAUGACCACCACCAUCAAUGAUCUGAGCUCAAGCAAGCAGUGGGUGAAGUCUGAAGAGAUGUCUGGCCUCACACUGUGGUUUACUAAAAGAGAUCUGGAAAAGCAGUACAGUACUAUAGAGAUGCCAAGCUUUAAAUACUACAUUGGUUGUGCCACCUUCAUCUUCAUUUGCAUCUUCAUCAUCCAGAUGUUUGUGACCAAGCAACGUAAAGAGCUGGGACUCACAUUUGGAGUAUUGGGGUGUGUUCUGCUCUUGAUCUUGUGCAUCUGUUUUGCAGGUCAUAUUCAGAGGAUGUUUCCUGAGAAGUUGAAGUCAUGUACGUGGUUGUCUGCUCUAUCUAAAGCAGUGGUUAAGAGACCUUUUGUGCGCCUUCCUUUGGCAACCAUUGCUACCACAGUCAUAGUCAUCAUCGCCAUGUUCAACUUGUAUUUAAAAAUUCCUGGGAUUUUCUGUGACUUGCGGCAAAAUAACAUCAGCAUUCCUGUUUCUAUAAAAGAUGGCCUUUUCUAUUUGCCUUACUCUGUGUAUAAUUGUAUAUUGGCAUUGAUUGCCUGUGGCGUGUUUUUGAGGGUGAGUUUUGAGCUGAAGGCGGUCUUCCUCUUCAUUGUUUCUACUGUGUACUACAUCAUCAUCUUCUACUCUCAGAAUGAUCUGUUCAGCUGCUACAGCUACUUGCUCUAUGCCAACCGGAGCUGUGUGGAGGAUGAUCAUUUGCUGUGCAAAUCAGGACUUAUGAAGCACCCACAAUACAUGAGCUGCAUCUACAUCACACUAUUCCUCUUUACAAUGCUGCUCAUAUCCCGCCAGAAUGAGUACUGCUGUCGUCAGGAUUUUCUGUUGAAGAACAAGAAUCUGGCUGAUAAGGAAGAAGUUGAGCUAUGUGAAAACUUGAACCGUCUCCUUUUGGAGAACGUUCUCCCUGCACAUGUGGCUGCACUCUUCGUGGGCGAGAACAAAAAGAAUGAGGACCUGUACUAUAAAUCGUAUGACUGUGUAUGUGUGAUGUUUGCCUCUGUGCCAGACUUCAAAGAGUUCUACACAGAAUGUGAUAUCAAUAAAGAAGGACUUGAGUGUUUGAGACUUCUCAAUGAGAUCAUUGCUGACUUUGAUGAGUUGCUGUCUAAACCCAAAUUUAGUGGUGUGGAGAAGAUUAAAACUAUUGGCAGCACAUACAUGGCUGCUGCAGGCCUGAGUGGACCUCCUGAGCAGACCAGCCAGGAUCGGGAGAGGCAGCAUGUACAGAUAGGGAACAUGGUGGAGUUUGCCAUUGCUCUGAUUGGCAAGCUGGAUGGCAUCAACAGACACUCAUUCAACACAUUCAGGCUUCGCGUGGGUAUAAACCAUGGCCCAGUGAUUGCUGGUGUGAUUGGGGCCAGGAAACCACAGUAUGACAUCUGGGGAAACACUGUGAAUGUGGCCAGCCGAAUGGAAAGCACUGGGGAACUUGGCAAAAUACAGGUGACGGAAGAGACGUCAGAUGUGCUGCAGAAACUGGGUUACUCAUGUGAGUGCCGUGGCCUGAUAAAUGUGAAGGGGAAAGGAGAGCUCAAAACCUUCUUUGUGUGCACAGAUUCCAGCAAACAGCAAGGAAUCAGUCUGAGCUGAGACUGAAGCCUCAGUCCUCAAAACCAUUAACACAGUCAUACACAGACUCUGGACUUAUAUGUGAUCUAUUUGUUUUGUUAAAGUAUUUUUUAUUGCUACUGGACAUGUUACUUAAGACCAUGUAGAAAGAACUGCACAUUCUUUAUUACUCUGAAAUGUUUGUGUUUUGAUAGCAUUCGGAGACCUGAAACUUAGAUGACCAACAUUUUACAACAUACACAUACAGAACGUAUCUUACACAAGCUGAAUCUUCUUAUGGGAAAACACAGACAAUGGGUAACUGAGUUCACUGAAGGAAAACGGAGUCAUUCUUAGUAUUGCUCUUAGACUUUCUGGGUACUGCUGUCACUGAGCCCUUGAUCCAAUAGACUUAUUUGGGAUGACUGAGCUGGUCUGUCACCACACACACACACACACACUCAUUUGAGACUCACAGGCGGAGGGACCAAAGCAUGACCCACACAAACCCACCAUCACAGUUGAGCAGAUUUCAUGAAUCCUUUUAAAUCAUGGUGUUUGAAGACAAAUAUUCCCAUGCUGGGCUCUCUGACAUUAAAUUGCUGUGGACCUUGAGUUUAGUGAAUGUGGAUGUUGGAGGCCUUCCCUAGCUUCAAAUAUGUUACAGAUGAAAACUAUUAAGGAAUGUUUAUCUACAUAAACUGGAAGAAAUGUACAUCACUGAAGCACAUUCAAUUAUGGCAAAAUGUGUACUUGCAUUGCUUUUCCAUUUAACAGAAAGUCGUCAUCUCCUUAAUCUUUAAUCUUGAAUACUGACCAAAAGGCUUUUUGGCCACUUCUUAAGUUGUAAAUUUGCUCAUUGUUGCACUUGGGCUGCAUUGUGCCAUGCGUUUUAUGUCACAUUGUUGCUAAUUGAUUUGCUCAACUGUCUGCUUCUGUUAAUUGAGACUGCUUAGUGAAAGUGGGAAGUAUUUGUGUUUGGGUUGUAUUUGUGUCUGAUGAAGCCAUAGGCAUAAAUGUUCAAAAGAGAUUUUUAUGAUUAUCCUGUGCUUCUUUGUUUUGAGCCCUCUAGGUGAACAUUACAGUCUGACUGGAGAUUCUGUGGUGCCUUUCUGUACCCUGUCUGCAAAGUUUGUCAGGAACAUGCCUACCAUCACCUCUAUUUUGAAUGCAAUGUUAUAGAAUAAAUAAUUUUACACUGUAUAUACAGUGCCUAUAAAAAAUGAUUCACCCCCCCGUUGGAUGUGUUUAUAUUUUUAUGGUUUUUGAAUAUUAAAACAUUGUGAAAUUAACAAGGCUUUUUUGACACUGAUCAACAGAAUAAAAGACUUUCAUAUAAAAAUCAAAACACAUUUCUACCAAUUAGCCUAAAUUUAUAACAAAUAUUAAACACAAAAUACUUGAAUUGCAUAAGUAUUCAUGCCCUUCAAGUUAGUAUUUUGUAGAUGCACCUUUGGCUGUAAUUACAGUCUUUAUCAACUUGGCACAUGUGGACACUGCAAUUUCCCCUAUUAUUCUUUGCAAAAUCGCUCAAGCUCUGUCAGGUUGUGUGGGGAUCAUGAGUGCCCAGCCUUUUUUAAUCAUCCACAGAUUUCCAAUUGGGUUGAGGUCUGGAAUCUGACUCGGCCACUCCAGGACAUUAACAUUUUUUUUUUUUUUAAACCAUUCUUGUGCAGCUUUGGCCGUAUGCUUGGGAUUAUUGUUUUGCUAGAAAAUUAAUCUUCUCCCAGGUCUCAAUUCUCUUGCAGACUGCUUCAGGUUUUCCUCCAGAAUGUCCCUGUAUUUUGCAGCAUUCAUUUGACUCUUUACCUUUACAAGUCUUCCAGAGCCUUAUGCAGAGAUGUAGCCACACAGCAGGAUGCUAGCUACCAACACCAUGCUUCACAGUGGGGUUGGUGUAUUUUUGAUUAUGUGCUGUGUUUGGUUUGCGUCUAGUUUGAUGGGCAAAACACUUCAUUUUGGUCUCAACAGACCAUAGAAUCUACUUCCAACUGACUUCAGAGUCUUCCACAUCCCUUCUGGAAAUUCUAGCUGAGAUUUCAUAUGGGUUUUUUUUUUUUUUUCAAUCUCCCAUAAAGCUGUGACUGAUGAAGAGAAACUGACAGGAGAAACCUGGGCAACAGUUGUUGUAUGCGCAGUCUCUCCCAUCUCAGCCACUGAAGCUUGUAAGUCCUUCAGAGAAGUCAUAAGUCUUUUGUUGGCCUCCCUUACUAGUCCCCUUCUUGCAUGGUUGCUCAGUUUUUGAGGACUUUACUGAAGAUUUACUGCUGUGCCAUACUUUUUCCAUUUCUUAUUGAAUUUAUAGUAUUCCAAGGGAUAUUCAGGGACUUGGAAUUUUUUUUACUAAAAUCACUUAAAACAUCUUGACUGUGCAUAAGUGAUCUCAAUUUAAUUAAGUGAAUUUCAAAACUAGGUGGUUGUACAGUGAUUAUUUACAGUUGAAGUCAGAAGUUUACACACACCUUAGCCAAAUACAUAUAAACUGUUUUUUUCACAAUUCUUGACAUUUAAUCGUUGAAAACGAUUACUACUUUAUUAUAAGAAUGUGAAAUUUCAGAAUAAUAGUAGAGAAUUAUUUAUUUGUUUCAUCACAUUCCCAGUGGGUCAGAAGUUACAUACACUUUGUUAGUAUUUAGUAAAAUUGUCUUUAAAUUGUUUAACUUGGGUCAAACUUUUUGUGUAGCCUUCCACAAGCUUCUCAAAACAAGUUGCACGAAUUUUGGCCCAUUCCUCCAGACAGAACUGGUGUAACGGAGUCAGGUUUGUAGGACUCCUUGCUCACACAUGCUUUUUCAUUUCUGCCCACAAAUGUUCUAUCAGGAUGAGGUCAGGGCUUUGUGAUGGCCACUCCAAUACCUUGAAUUUGUUGUCCUUAAGCCAUUUUGUCACAACUCUGGGGGUAUGCUUGGGAUCAUUGUCCAUUUGGAAGACCCAUUUGCGACCAAGCUUUAACUUCAUGGUUGAUGUCUUGAGAUGUUGCUUUAAUAUAACCACAACAUUUCCCUUCCUUAUGAUGCCAUCUAUUUUGUGAAGUGCACCAGUCCCUCCUGCAGCAAAGCACCCCCACAACUUGAUGCUGCUUCCCCCAUGCUUCACGGUUGGGAUGGUGUUCUUCAGCUUGCAAGCCUCACCCUUUUUACUCCAAACAAAACGAUGGUCAUUAUGGCCAAACUGAUCAUUUUAGUUUCAUUAGACCAGAGAACAUUUCUCCAUAAAUUAAAAUCUUUGUCCCUAUGUGCACUUACGAACUCUAGUCAGAGCAAUGGCUUCUUCCUUGCCAAGUAGCCUUUCAGGUUAGGUGAUAUGACUCAUUUUACUGUGGAUAUAGAUACUUGUCUACCUGUUUCCCCCAGCUUCUUCACAAGGUCCUUUCCUGUUGUUCUGGGAUUGAUUUACUCUUUUCACACCAAAUAACGUUCAUUUCUUGCAGACAGAAUGUGUCUCCUUCCUGAACAUUAUGAUGGCUGCGUGGUCCAAUGGUGUUUAUACUUGCGUACUAUUGUUUGCACAGAAGAAUGUGGUACCUUCGGGCAUUUGGGAAUUGCUCCCAAGGAUGAACCAGACUUGUGGAGGUACACAAUUUGUUUUCUGAGGUCUUGGCAUAUUUCUUUUGAUUUUUCCAUGAUGUCAAGCAAAGAGGCACCCACAGGUUCACCUCCAAUUCAGUACACCUGCUACCAGACGCUAAUUGGCUAGUUGUCUAAAGGCUUGACAUAGCUGCUUAAAGGUACAGUUAACUUGGCGCAUGUAAACUUUUGACCCACUAGAAUUGUGAUAUAAUCAACUAAAAGUGAAACAAUCUGUCUGUUAACAAUUGUUACAAAAAUUACCUGUGUCAUGCUCAAAGUAGAUGUCCUAAACGACUUGCCAAAACUAUAGUUUGCAAAUAUUAAAUCUGUGGAGUGGUUAAAAAAUUAGUUUUAAUGACUUCAACCUAAGUGUAUGUAAACUUCUGACUUCAACUGUAUGUGAGUUGCAUUAAAGGGGGUGAAUACAUAUGCAAUCAAUUAUUUUGUGAUUAAUAUUAGUUUAAUAUAAUUUUGACUAAUUGUUAGAAAUGUGUUUUGACUUUGAUUAACAGAAAAUACUUUCAUAUUAGUGUAAAAAAAAAGGAGUAUAAAGUUCACUAUGAUUCAAUAUUUAAAAAUAAAAUAUAAAAACAUACAAGGGGUGAAUAUUUUUUAUAGGCUCUGUACACAUUUUAUCUCCCUUAUCUGACACACCCAAUUCAGGUCGUGGAGCCUCUACUAACGAACUGAUGAGUUGAAUCAGGUGUGUUUGAUUAGGUUAAUAACCAAAAUGUGUAGUGUUGGGGGGCCUCCAGGAACAGGGUUGGGAACCACUUAUCUAAGCAUUUUACAAUUUAUUUUAUUUGGACAUUUACAAAUGCUUUUUACUGACACUUCUGAAAUGUUAAUGCUCUUGAAGGUUACACUCACUGAGCACUUAAAUAGGAACACUAUGGUACUAAUAAUGUGCACGACAUGGUCUUCUGCUGUUGUAGCCCAUCCGCCUUAUGGUUCAAUGUGUUGUGGAUUCUGAGAUGCUACUCUACUCACUUCAAUUGUACAGAGCAGUUAUCGGAGUUACUGUAGCCUUUCUGUCAGUUCAAACCAGUCUGACCAUUCUCCGUUGACCUCUCAUCUACAAGGCAAUUCCGUCCGCAGAACUGUCACUCACUGGAUGUUUUUUGCACCAUUCUACGAAAACUAUACAGACUGUUGUGUGUGAAAAUCCCAGGAGAUCAGCAGUUACACAAAUACUCAAACCAGCCGGUCUGGCACCAACAAUCAUGCCAUGGUCAAGGGUAAUUUUUUUCCCCACAUUCUUAUGGAUGAUGUGAACAUUAACUGAAGCUCCUGACCUGUAUCUGAAUGCUUUUAUGCAUUGCACUGUUGCCACACGAUUGGCUGAUUAGAUAAUUACAUGAAUAAGUAGAUGUACAUGUGUUCCUUGUAAAGUGCUCCGUGAGUGUACAUUAUAAUUUUAUAGCUCAUAAAAUUCUUUAAGAUUUUAUACCUGUGAAGGUUUUCUGAGUGCCUCAUUUGCCAACACAACAAGGUUCAAGCUUCUCACAGUGAUGCAUCCUUUCUUUUGUAGCAUAUAUUUGCUUCACAAAUUGAUUUAAAGGAUCCAGCAGAGUCAUGCUGUGCAAUAAUUAUCUCAGUUCCUACCAAAUUAUCUUUAGAACUCAGCAGUGUGUCAUCUGAUAUUACUCAAUAUAUAGAACACCUGCAGUUUAAAAACAAAAAUGGCACAGUUG